CAGAAGUAGCAUUGUACGACUAUGAUUUGUGGUCGUAGUUUAUUUCUUGUUUUGUUAAUUUUUCUGACUUUUUUGCGAUUGCUAUUUUGAUACAUACAUAUGUUUACAUCAUUAAUAAUCAUUCCUUUUUCUCUACUGUAAUUAGAUUUUCAUUGUGUUGAUUUUUCACCUUUUUUUUGUCAAAGUUUUUUUUUUCUUAAAUCCUGUGAAUCCUUUUGAAUAAUACAGUAUGUGUGUUGUGCAAAUGCAGACACUGGGACUGGUGGUUUAUGGUGAAUGGAAAAUGAGAAUGAGGAUAAAGAGGGAGGGACACUUUCUUCCACACGCUUGCACAGAAAAAGGGGAGGUCCAGUGAUGGAGUGGCAGAAAACAAAGGACAACCUUCAAUCCCAUCAUAAUAAAUAAAUCUCAGUUGAGCCCGGGUUAGUCUUUAAGGAGAAACUCAACUCAAGUAUAGAAAUUUUCAAAUAUUGAAUUCCCACUAAACACAUCGACUGAUAUCCAGCAUUACUACUAUGGUGUGGGGCUGGGUCUCGGACUUCUUCACCUAUGAGACCACAAAAUCCGUGGUGGUCAAGAGCUGGUCGGUGGGCAUCAUCAACAGGAUUGUGCAAGUCUUGAUCAUCGCAUAUUUUGUUGGCUGGGUGUUCAUCCAUGAGAAAGCCUACCAGGUUUUCGACUCCGGCAUUGAGUCGUCCGUCAUGACAAAGGUCAAGGGAUUCGGCUACCAUCAAAACCGCAUCAUGGAUGUGGCAGACUACGUGUUCCCCCAACAGGGUGCAGCUGUGUUUUGCAUCAUGACUAAACUCAUCAUCACUGAAAAUCAAUUCCAAGGAAAAUGUGGAGAGAAUGGGAAGCGGUACAGCUGCAUGAACGACACCGACUGUGACCAACACAUUGGUUCCAUCCUUACAAAUGGAAGAAUUACAGGUGUGUGCCAUCACAGCGGUCAGUGCGAGGUCGAGGGAUGGUGUCCAGCCGAGAACGACAGAGUCAUCGUAGAUCCAAUGGUGGAUGUGCAAAACUUCACAAUCUUCAUCAAGAAUAGCAUCCGCUUUCCUCUCUUCAAUGUCACCAGAGGAAACUUUCCUUCCAAGAUGACGUCUAACGAAAUAAAGAGGUGUAAAUACCAUCCCCAAACAAACCCUUUCUGUCCCAUCUUUGGUGUGGGUGACAUACUGGAGUACACAGGACAGAAUGUUUCUGCCCUAGCAAAAAAGGGUGGUGAAAUUGGAAUAAACAUUGAAUGGAAGUGUAAUCUAGACAUGAACAUUGAGUAUUGCGUCCCCGAGUACUCUUUCACCCGACUCGAUGCACCUUUUGCCAAGAACCGCGUCUCAGAGGGAUUCAACUUCAGAUUUGCCAAAUAUUAUAAGACACCGAACGGUACUGAAUACCGGACGCUGCACAAGGCUUUUGCCAUCCGCUUUGAUGUCAUGGUAACUGGCCAAGCAGGAAAGUUUAACACAAUCCCAACUCUGAUCAACCUGGUCGCUGCCUUCACUUCCAUUGGACUUGGUACCGUCCUUUGUGAUCUCAUUCUACUGAACUUCCUAAAAGGAGCGAAGCAGUACAAAGCCAAGAAAUUUGAAGAGGUGUCGGAGGCUCAGAUAGAGGCGAGCCUCAUUCCGAGCCCCAGUAGCCAGAUGUCAAUUAAAGAAGGUAUGAAGAGCUCCUGCGAUUCUGGAGCGCUUUCGCUGGCCACUGCUGACCAGCCUGUGUGACACCCUACUUAAUGAACAGAACAUCUUGCUUUUCCCUCAAAGCCUAUGGAUCCUGCACUUUUUGUUCAACACGCUUAAGGAAUUGUAUAAAAAUGGACUGCACUGCAGAGCAACUUCCUGGAGUACUGGUAUUUAUGAGCACUCGGUUAGAGCU